AUGGGUGACAAUGAUGAAACACCGAAAUCAGCUUCUGUCUCUACCGCUUUUCACCCUGCUCUUGGCGUCACCAACAUCACGAACCUUGUCAAAUUAACGCUAGACGUUAAUCAGGAACGCCUCGAUGCCAUUGUCCUUCAAUGGAUAUACGGUACAAUCACUACUGAUCUUCUCUUCAAAGUUCUGGAUGAUAACGCCACAGCUCUGGUGGUUUGGGAUCGUUUGCGUAAGUUAUUUCAGAACAACAAGGGCACCCGAGUUGUGCACCUAGAGAACCAAUUUGGUUUGACCCGCCUUCAAGACUUUUCGUCUCUUGAUGAGUAUUGUCAAGCUCUGAGGACUAUCUCCAUUCAACUUGCAUCCUUGGGCCAUCUCAUCUCAGAGGAACGUCUUGUUCUUCAACUUGUUGCUCGCCUCACUGAAGAGUAUAAGACAAUCGCCACUAUCAUUCAACAGUCUGUGCCUCUCCCAUCCUUUGAGGAGGCUUGCUCUAGCCUCGACUUGGACCGUCGUAGUUGA